AAAAAUUGCAAAUGGCGCGCUGCGUUUGAGAUUGAAGCACGUGUGAUUGACGUUUCAAAAAAUUUGGUCUAACGUGUUUAAAUGCAAUAAAAAAUACUGAAUGUACAGAAAGUAAAUUGUCAGCAUAAAUAUAUUUAAAAAUAACACGAUGCCGGAUAUGAAAUAUAUUUUGGUUACCGGUGGAGUUAUAAGUGGUGUUGGAAAAGGUGUGAUUGCAAGUUCUUUUGGCACAAUUUUAAAAAGCUGUGGUAUCGAUGUGACUUCAAUAAAAAUUGAUCCGUACAUUAAUAUCGAUGCAGGAACGUUCUCUCCCUAUGAGCACGGUGAAGUUUACGUGCUCGAUGACGGUGGUGAAGUUGACCUUGAUCUUGGCAACUAUGAGCGCUUCUUGGAUAUAACACUGCAUAGAGACAAUAAUAUAACAACUGGCAAAAUAUACCAGCAGGUUAUUGAGCGUGAAAGACGAGGAGACUAUCUUGGGAAAACUGUUCAGGUCAUUCCACAUAUAACUGAUGCCAUUCAAGAAUGGGUGCAAAGAGUAGCCCAUAUACCAGUGACACCAGACAAUGCUCCGCCAAGGGUCUGCAUAGUGGAACUUGGUGGAACUAUAGGUGAUAUUGAAGGAAUGUCAUUUGUUGAAGCAUUUAGACAAUUCCAAUUCAGAGUCAAGAGGGAGAACUUCUGUUGUGCACAUGUGUCUUUGAUUCCCAUGCCAAAAUCAACUGGAGAACCUAAGACAAAACCCACACAGUCUUCAGUCAGAGAAUUACGUGGUUUGGGCUUAUCACCAGACUUGAUAUUGUGCCGAUCAGAGAAACCUAUCAAUCAAGGAGUCAAAGAGAAGAUAUCUAAUUUCUGUCAUGUGGGACCAGAACAGGUAAUAUGCAUUCAUGACUUGAGCUCCGUGUAUCACGUACCCCUUCUAAUGGAAGCCCAAGGAGUAGUGCAAUAUUUAAAUGAAAGGCUUCAACUGAAUAUUUCCAUGCCACGACCAGGAAAGUUUAUGCGGAAAUGGCACAAUCUAGCUAAACGUGUGGACAAUCUUCGCAAAGAAGUGAACAUAGCUUUAGUAGGCAAAUACACAAAGUUGGAGGACAGUUACGCAAGUGUCACAAAAGCUCUGCAGCAUGCCUGCAUAGCAUCAGGCAGUAAGCUGAACCUGACAUACAUUGAAGCUGUGAACUUGGAACGACAGACUAAGAUUGAUGAUCCUGUUAGUUACCACAAAGCAUGGCAAAAUCUAUGCAAGAGCGAUGGUGUCAUAGUUCCCGGUGGAUUUGGCCAGAGGGGCAUGGAAGGCAAAAUCGAAGCUUGUCAAUGGUGCCGUGAAACACAAAAGCCGAUGCUUGGCAUCUGUCUUGGUCUACAAGCCUCUGUAAUAGAAUUCGCUAGAAAUGUUUUAGGACUGAAGGGUGCUAACACCACUGAGGUUGAUCCCAAUUGUGAGGACAAACUAGUAAUAGACAUGCCUGAACAUCAUCCUGGAAAUUUAGGUGGUACCAUGAGGCUAGGAAAAAGGAAGACUUAUUUGGAACCCAGUGUUAUAACCCAACUGUACAAGAAAGAUGUAAUAGAAGAACGUCACAGACAUCGGUAUGAAGUAAACCCAGAGUACAUAGAACGUCUAGAAGCUGCUGGUCUCCGUUUUGUAGGCAAAGAUGAGACAAAGACUCGAAUGGAGGUAGCAGUUGUUGACAAUCACCCUUACUAUGUCACAGUGCAGUUCCAUCCGGAAUAUUUAUCACGACCAUUGUCACCUAGCCCACCAUUCUUAGGAUUAAUUUUGGCAUCUCUUGGAAAACUCAAGAACUACUUAUCAAAGGGAUGUCGGUUGAGCCCACGAAACCAGUCUGAUGUGAGCUCAGAUGAAGACGAUAUAUCAGUGUCUUCUUUAAGUAUAGCUGAUGAAAAAACAGUCAUUGAAAAUGGUAUCGCCGUAAAUGGUGUAAGCAAAUAAAAAUACUGUUUAAUUGUUCUAUUAUAAUUCAAUAUUAUUAUGAUUAAGUGAUACUGUAAACAUAUAAUCAAAUUGUAUGCUUGUUGCCAUUGCAAAUUGAAAUGACAGGAAUGAAUAUUUUUGUAAAGGGAAGGUAUUAUAUAUGUAAACUAGUGAAGUAUGUUGCUUUGCUACAUAUACCAUCGUUUUAUACUUAUUUUCUUUUAGAAAAUAUAGCGUGUACAUUGUUAUACCUUUCACCUAGUCUGUAAAUGGUUGAAGCAUAAUACAAAUUAUAUAUUUAAAAUAUAUAAUUAAUACAUUUAAGAUAAAGAUGGUGGGAUAGAGCUGAGAGAGAUGGUAAAAAGAACUUGAUUACUUCCAAAAGACAUACAAGUUAUUAUAGAGUUUUGAUUAAUCUUUCAAUAUUUCUUUAAUAUACCUACCUGUAAUCGUUGGUAACAUAAGGAUUAAUUGUUUCAAAUAAUAGCUAAGCAUAAUUUUUGUAGAUUUUUUAUAUUUUAUUUGCAAAGAAAUGACUUGUAUGUUGAUGAUGUCUCGAAUAAUUUGAAGAUAUUAUUUUACAAUUACAAUAAAUAUCAUUAGUAUUGUUACCUAUCUAACAAUAGGGUAGUUAUUGGCUAUCUUUUUAUUUUAUUGUAUUGUAUUUUAUUUUCUAUACAGGAUGUUAUUAAAAACUUAUAUUUUAUAUAUAAAUUCUCUUUAUAUUAUUAAUGUCUGUCUGAGCUAUUUCUUAUACAGAUGCCAUAUUAAAUUUAUUUAUGUAUGAAAGCUAUCUUAGAAAACUACCUUAAUCAACUAUGCUUCCUUAAUAAUAGUUUGCUAGAACAAAGGUCCUACAGCUUGUAGUCCAUAAAUUCUUCUUUUAUAGAGGCUGAUCAGAAAUAUAUAAUAUGAUUAUAGAAUAAGUGGACGUAAAAAAAAUAUUAUACCAGUAGCUAUGUAUGACACUUUGAUCAUUAUUCUUUUCUAUAUAAAUUAUAUAUUGUAAUGAUGUUAAAUAAGUAAUAUAAUUUGAUAGGUAUGACAAAUUUCGACAGAGGCAUAUAAUUUACGAAUUGUAUCUUUUUGCCCCAAAUAUAUUAUAUUGUGAUGUAUAAAAUAACUGGUGAUGAUAUGGCUGUUGUAUAGCAAGUGAAAUAUAUAUUUUAUAUGGGCAAUUCUUUAGGAUUUAAAUGUAUUUAAUGAUGUAUACUCGUAACUUGUAAUAAAAAAUCUUUUUCUCUCGAUAAUAUAAUAGUUCUUGAUCAAAUAGAUUCAGCCCUUAGCUCAAAAGCAAUCAGACUAUAGUAAUAUACUAUUUAACAAGUGAAGCAUUCCAUAUUACAAUUCUUGCAGUUGUUAACUUUGCUCUAGUACUAUUGUUACAAUAAAGGCCAAUAAAGUUUUCCCGUCUAAA